AUGCCAGAUAGUCCAGAUUCAAUAUCUGACGAACCACCUUAUGAAAUUGCACCAAGUAUCUGGUGUGGUUCAUAUCUGAGCCUUUCGAACCACUUUCUUCACACUAGAAAUAUAAAGAUUAUUGUAAACUGCUCUCCAACUUUGGAAUUCCUUUCUGAAUUGGAAACUUCGGAUGUUUCACUUUCGUCAGAUAUUGUGCUACUCAGCUUGGACCCAUCCUUUUCACUUGAAAAUUACGAUUCCAACAUACAAGUUCAGCUUAGUAAACAAAUCUCCAAGUUCAACCGUACAUUGCAGAAUUACAUUAAUCACUUCUAUACGUUGAACCCAAAACUGCAUAGUAUAAUUCAUCAUCUGUUCGACAACCAACCUUUACAGUUUGAAAGCCCGAUUUUAAGUGGGGGUUGUUUGCAAAACCUGUUGUUUCAGAUAAAUAGACUUAUCAAAUUGUUGAAAAAUAUUAACACACUGGUGGAGGUGCUAAUAAUUUCGAAAGAGGGUUCGGGCCUGUUAUCCACAGCCCUUUGCAUCUCAUACUUGAUGGAUAGUUACAAUUUCAAUUUUGCUGCAAGCUUGAAACAUUUACAAAUGCGUGAUCCAAGAAUAGCACCGUUGAACGGCAAUUACUAUGACGAUUUGAUAAUCCUUGAAAGUUUGAAAAAGUUCUACAAUGAGAACAUAAUGAUUAAAGAGAGCAGUCAAGAUUUGUUAACAACCAACUCUAAGUUGAAAAGAAGAAAUGAUGAUGAAGAAAUGAAUAAUGUGGUGAUCGAGGGGAAAAGAAAAAGAUAA